CAAUUGCCGUUGUAAACGUGAAUCAGGCAAUGUCAUGUACGGUUCAAAUGUAGUGAGCGAGACGGAAAGACUACAUAUUUGGCACGUUAAUGUUGUAGAUAUCGUUAUUAUUUAAGUUGUAAAGUGUAUUAGUGUGAUUAGUGUAAUAAAAGUGGUGUAUUUAAAAAAAUGUGUCAACAUUUAUAUGGAGAAGGGCUUUAAUUCUGCAUUAAGAUUCAAAUGGCCGAAGAUGACGAUUCCAUACAUAAAUCGCUGCCUUACAAAGUUUACCAGGAAACAUUCCAGAGAUCGCCGGAAACACAAAGUGAUCAUAGAUAUCCGUCUCGUUCGGCCGGAGUAGUACCAUUGCCACCAGGAAGCAGAGGGCCUAGAAGUUUAUAUUUGCGAAAACAUGGAGACAGUUUCGGGUUCACGCUGCGGCAUUUUAUUGUAUAUCCUCCUACUACAAUUCAGGAGACAAUUAACAACCGACAUGCCGCAGCGGGAACUUUGCUCGCUCCUAUGGACACAAUUUUUGUGAAAAACGUAUUUCCAAACAGUCCAGCGGAACAAGCGGGUUUACAACACGGGGAUCGGAUAGUAGCCGUAAACGGGGAUUUGGUCAACGACAAAUCAUACAAACAAGUAGUACAAUUAAUUCAGCACAGUCCGGAGUACUUACACUUACUGGUUGUAUCAAAAGAAGACGACGUUCUUCAAAAAUUUUUCUCCGAAACCGCACACAAUCCCAUAAGUAACCAAAAUCUUAAGCCAGACCGCAGACGGCUGCUGCGUUCGACGCAUCCCACUCACGAAUUCCACGCUGACGAUACCUCGUGGAAAUCGUUACAAGAUGCACCUAUUUAUAGUACCAUAAAUCCAGCGAAAGUAACCAACAGACAACAACAAAGAAGUGCCGAUAAUCUCCUACGCAACAGCCCAAAAGAGUUUGCCUACUACGACCAAAUAUCACACGUUAUCGAUGACCCCAGUAGGAGAAGGGCACAGCCGCAAGUGCCCGUAUAUAGAAAAAUGGGUCGAAGGGCAAGCGAAGGUAGUACAUUCUCAAACAAAGAUCUCUACCAAAAUUUCGACACUUCGUCUGUAAGUACCGGAUCCAAUGAGAUGGUUGUCGGCGGAACUAAAAUGAAGAGUUCUGCAAAAGCGACUUACCCCGAACCGCGCGCUAACGAAAAUAUGCAAACGUUCAACUACCCUAACACCAUCGGCUGUAGGUUAAGUUUAGACGAUGGCGGACGAAGGCAGUCCACUUCCUCGCUAUCAUCUUCCGUCGCGGACGGAAGCAAAGACAGUUUAAGUUCCUACGACUCCGUGUCGACGUUAACGGGCCAAGACGUGGACGAUUCGGUUCUCAUGACAAGGUUACGUAAAAACCUACAGCAGAAAGAGGAAUUUUUGCGACGGCCUAGUCAUCCCGUUGAAGGUCCAACGAUACAACGAGAGUUUUACGGACGACCUAAAAAGUUGGAGAAAUCAACGUGGCCGCCUAAUGAACCGGUACGGCAGGACUCUCCGUCGAGAACAGCAAAGCCGGUCCAUCAAAACUUUCAGCGUGUCAAAACGGACAUCGACAGCGAGAGGGAUUUGGGCAUACAAUCGCCCACGGACAACUCCACGGGGCACUUCACCUACAACGCUCCCACGCAAAGGGGCGCGAACUCCCCUAAGGACUGGCAGAACGUUUCGGGCGCCGUUAAGAUGAAGGAAGCUACGGAGGCGCCCAGCGCCCUGGAUUAUCCCGGCGAUAUGAACGGCGCGCUAACGAUGGAGGAUGAGGACAGACGGUUGUACCUGACGAAUCUUCAAAUGGUGUCGAAACGUACCAAGCAGUUUGAGAGCGGGCGGCCGUUACCUGAAGACGACCCGAUGUUAAAGGAUCGCACCAGCUUUUACAAAAGCGAACUCGCAAGGCUUAGCUCGAAACGCGUAGUGCCGCAUGUGACGAUUCGAGCGCACGAAUUCGAAUCACGGUCUUCGGAACCAAGACGUGAUACAAGCGGGAGUUCGACAAAUACGCUAUUGAGGAGGCAGCAUCGCGACAGCAGAUCGUUGGAUAGCUCAGGAAGCAAUGCUAGCAGUAGCAGUAUCAAUGAAGUUAUUCAGAGUAAGCUUUCGGGAAAUGUAAUUAUUCCUUUCGGAAGCAAAUACAUACACGUGCCACCUCCUGCGGAAUACAGGCACACCAAAGAUAUGCAACACGACCUUGACAAUCAUCCCGUUAAAAUGCGAGUUCGGUCCAAUUCCGCAGAUUCGUGGACGUCUGCCAUGCAAGCCGUUCACAAAGAAGAGCAGGAGAAAACUUUUCUGGGGCAGUCUAAUAAAAUGGAGGAAGAUGUUGCUCGGGACGUUCAAGAAGCAAUCAAGUCGCCGUCGCCUGUGCCAAAAUCAAAACAGCCCGUCUCGCCUCUAAUUCCCGAACCCGUAGAGCAUUUACAAAUUAAUCCCACGGUCGCUAUAAUACCCGCAACACCUCCCAUCCUAAAGCCAUCGCCCGUACGUCCUAAUCAGCUUGAUUUGGGAAGUCCAGUUAGACCACUUCGAAAACUUCAAUUGUCUCUAUCGGGCGAAUCGUCACCAGUGCAGCCUAGCUCUCCAGUUAACUCGGAGGAGCAAAAUGCGGUCGUUGUUAGAAGGGUGAAAAACACAAGUUUGGCUGAUGAAGAGCGGGCGAUGCGAAGGGAGUCGUAUUUAAAAGCCACCGGAAACGGAAGGAUGCACGUCGAGGAAUUCAGCGAUGGAGAAAUUUCGCCCCAAAUUCGAAGCUCUCAUAGAAAAUGGAGGCCUCCAUUAUUUCCUGGAGAUAUCCAGCAACUUCGCAAGCUUUUUGAAGACGCUGCUUAUUCUUUGGGGGGUAGUCUCAGCGGCGGUAGCAGCAGCAGCGUGUCGUUGGAAAGGGAUAGGUCGUCGAUACCGAGCAGUCCCUUAGAAAAGGAAAGGCAAGUUGUAAAGGAGGGUCCGUUAUACUGCAAAAUCGCCGAAAUUGACGGAAAGCGCGCGGCAGAUCGAUCUUGGAAGCAGGUUUGGAUUGUUCUGAAAGGGCAGAAGCUGUACAUCUAUAAAGACAGACAACAUCAGAGUCCAUCAGAUGCAGCUGAACAGUCACUAGCGAACGGCGUAGAUAUGAGUGCGAGUUGUGUGAGAAUUGCCGAGGAUUACACGAAAAGAAAGAAUGUGCUUCGAGUUUCCUCUGUGCUUCCUUGCCGCUCCGAGCUGCUUCUUCAAGCAGAUAGUCCCGUCGAUUUGGCGGAUUGGGUGAAGGCGUUACAAGAGCAAGUAGGCGCUACUGACAUUGAAAGUAAAUCGGAUGGCAUUGUUACUUCAAAGCAACAAGCGGUGCCUCAAACAAUACCCGCCUCGACCACCGUACAAGUUCAGGGUUCCAGCCGGUUAUCGCCGCAGCCGAACAAGUCGAAACUUCCAUCGUUGCGAAAUCGAUCUCCUACUGGACAGUCGCCCGUUAGCAAAACCAGAAAACCGUCACAGGUUAACGAAGGACUGACCAGCCCUAAAUCGAAAACGUGGAAGGGUCGUGUUGCCAAACAGUUUCGCAAAAUACAAGGUGCCAGCUCGCCUAGUUCGCCUACCGCCCCCGAAGUGUCGACGUUCGGUGUACCCCUCGAGCACUGCUACCCUUCCAAUUACAACCCAAAUGUUCCGCGUCUAGUGGAAGUGUGCACCGAAAUUGUCGAGAGCAAAGGUUUAGACAUCAUCGGCGUCUACAGAGUACCUGGCAACAGCGCUGCAAUAACCGCCUUAACCAAUUCCAUUAAUCAGAGUUUCGAAGGAGUUCCGAUAGUUGACGCUCAGUGGAACGACGUCCACGUAGUUAGUAGUCUAUUGAAAUCCUUCUUCCGGAAGUUACCAGAUGCGUUAUUGACGAGCGGUUUGUAUUCCAACUUCAUCGAGGCGGAUAAGGCGAAGGAUCCCAAUGUACGCAUGGAAGAAUUGCGGAAGCUAGUAAGGUGUCUCCCGCCACAUCACUACCAUACACUUAGGCAUUUAAUGUUGCAUUUGAAGAAGGUCACUGACAAUUCUGAAGUGAACAAAAUGGAGGGCCGUAACUUGGCUAUCGUCUUCGGGCCUACGCUUAUACGAGCCGUUCAAGAUGACAUGGCUACGUUAGUGAAUGAUAUGACACAUAAUUACAAAAUUGUGGAAUCUCUCAUUUGUUAUGCCGACUGGUUCUUUUCCGAAGAAAGCACUUCUAGUUUAAAUUUAACUAGUGCUCCACCUGUCGACUCUUUGAAUAAUGAACUGGACGUUGCAAGUAAUCGUGCACUUCUUCUAGAUAAUAUUAGUAAAGUUGAAGGAAUAAAAGGGGACAAAGUACCUGGUAGAGAGCUACUGUCGUCCAUCAUUUCGGCGGCUCAUCGGAAAAUGAGAAAGGGAGGGAAGACUACCAACUCGGGUGAUAUGAAGGAUGAUCUCAUUACGCCUAUUGGAAUGAAAGAGUUUACAUCACAGUCUAAUUUUCCUGGCAAUCACAAACAGAAUUUAACCGAAGGAAAGUCAAGUGAUAUACCGACCACAAUAGUUGAUAUUGAGAAGUCGAAUCCGCAGAUGGACAGGGGAACGUACUUCAAUUAUUCGGAUCAGGAAAAUUAUAGGAGGAGAAUCAAAAAUUUUAUUCAAGAAACUGAAGCUAAUUUGCAAAGAAAUCGGAAGACUGCAGAAUUUUACAGCGAUAACUUUGAUCAAAGCGUACCAAGAGGGUUGCACAAUAUGAACCAGGAGAACAAACUGACUUCGACGUCCCAUUCGAAUUUUGGUGACGCCUACGCCAUCACGAAAACGCAAAGCGCGUCGAACGUAUUCUACAGCCCUAUGAACGGAAACUCAAGGCAUUCCGCGAACAGCGUUCUAACAGUGCAAUUUAAUAAAAACUCUCGUGAUAUAGAUAAUAAUACACAAAGUGUUAGUUUAAAAAAUAGUGAUAGAUCGGGAAGUUUUGACUUUAAUCAGAAUAAGGAACGUCGCGAGACAACCGCGAACAGUUAUCAGAAUUCGUUUAAGAAGAAGUUUAGUGAUUCGAAUAAUAUAGGUGCGCUGACUUGUCCUAAGCCGUUCGAUAAGGCGAUUCUUAGGAGGGGCAGCUCCGUCGAAAAUGUCAAUACAAGCAUUAUGGAUCUUAGUUCCAAUGGAACACUGAAAAAAGUCAAGUACGCGAAUGAGAAUGAUUUAGGUCAACGGACUGGGUCGUUGGACUCGUUGCAUAAAGCACAUGAUGCGGAUGAUGGGGGAGAUUUGCAGUCGACAAUCAUGAAAAUUUUUGAUGAGAAAAAGAAAACCUUAAACCCGUUAUUGGGAACCGAUUUACCAUUCGCAGAUGAAUCACCAGAACGACCGGCUUUUGAUAGCUCCGCCUAUCAGAAUAAAGAAAAUAUACCCGCUUCACCUAAGCUUUAUCGCAAUCCGAGUUUACAUAAAAGCACGUUGAGCUCGGCCAAGUUUGCCAAGUUAACCAACAGAGACGAUUUCAACACCAAGGAACUGGAAAAGGGAAGCUUCGAGGAAGAAAAGGAUAAAGAUUGUUCUGAAAAUGUACCUGAUAACGAACGUCACAUAUCGACCACUGACAAAUUAACAUACAACAUAAUCACCAAGCCUAACGCCGGCUUAAACUUUCUCAACGGUAAUUCAAAAUUGCGGCGGUCCGAGUCGUUAAACAAACCCGACCGUACGGUGUCUCCGCCGAAUUACAAACUCAAAAGAUCAGAGAGCCUAAAUAAAGCCAGCGAUCGACUGAAGCGCUCUGACAGCUUGACGAAGAACGAAAAAACCGAAAACAACCUAAACAAGCGCCGCGAACUAUCGGCGUCGGCCCGUAGAACUACCAAAGAGUUUACGAAAUUGAAGCGCAAAAACGGAAUGCCUGAACGAUCGAUCAAGCGGCGACACACUGUAGGUGGUACGAAAGACUUCGACAAAGUGAAUUGGUUGGACAACCGUUACCAAGAGGAAGAUUCCGGCGCCGAAAAAUGCAACAAGGAGAAGUGCACGUUGAGGACGAGCUCGCCCGAUCUCAGUUCGACGAGGCGCGAACGUUUGCUGUUCGAGGUCAAUUUGGUCGGACCCGAAAACAUGGUAGUCGCGUUACGACAGCAUUUAAUCGGUGCGCGGCCGCAAAGUUUACCCGAACCUCGGAUAUUCAACGUUCCUUUAGAAUCUCAUGUUUAAAAUUGGGCAAGUUUGGGCAGUGCGAAAUUCAGUACUUAAAAUAUUUAUGCGUGUUGCAUUUUUUUUUAGUAUUAAUUCGUGAAGUCGAUUUUUAACAAGCGACAAUUAUUUUAAAUGCGGAUUAAAUUUUAAUCGAGUGCGGUCGCAUUCGCUUCAAAGUUGAUCUGGUGGGUUUUUAGUUUUGGCAUUUUUACAGCAGUUGAUGAAAAUUUUUACUUUCGCAUGUUAGCAAAGUGCCUUAUUGCACUUUGAGAUCGCAUUUUCACUUUUAAAUUGUGAUCUUAUCAUCGGAAACAAUUUUAACUUAUAUGUAGGCUUUGCAUCAAUAAAUAAAGUGCAAUAAACAAUGUGCAUGGAGUAUUCAUUAGCGACCCGCUGUAAGAAAUUUUUUGCCGAAAUUGCCUUCGCUUGUAUAUAAUACAGUUUUAAGCAAUUUAUUAUUGUGAAAAGACAGAAAUAUAAUUUCUAACGCAUAUUUUAUGUAGUUAGCGCAUUUAAUUGUUUAUUAUUUAUUUUUGUUGGCUUUUUUAAAUGUGAUUCUAAAAUAUUCCACUUGUAAGCAAAUGAAUUUGUGAUAAAUAUUUUUACGUAAUUUAGGAGAUAUAAUUUAAUGCAUUUUGUACAUACCUGUGUGGUUUAUUUGGAUUUGGUAACACCAAAUAAUAAAUUGUGCUUCCUUGAAAUGAAAUUAUUAAAAACUUACUUCUGUAAUUAAUUAUACCUUAGUUUCUAUCCCUCUUAUUGCAGUAUUACAUAAUACUGUGCCAAAUAAUUCUUAUUAUUACGACUAUUCUUAUUAUUAUAUAAUACUCUGGCUACACUCGAUUUAUUUGUACAUAAAAUUCAAUUACUUAGAUGCUUGAAUAUGGUGUAGAGAGGUGACGUCAAUCUUUAGGCUGUUUCAGUCUUGCCUGUUAUUGUUUUCUUAUAGUUAUAAGUACAAAAUGUAUGUGUUGUUGUAUUUUGUGAAAUUUGUAAAUACAUUUUGAAAUAAUUAAAUUGA